UGUGAAGGAUAUAUAACAAUGCACUGGGUUGUAGAAAGCGUUAGACGAACUCAAUGCCGAAGGUAGGACCAAAAUUGUAGUGUUAGAAUCCUCCAUGGAGUGAUUAGCGUCUGUCGCUGAAACUGAACCAAAUGAGAAGAAGAAGACAGUUGUUUUCCAUUGUUGAGAGCUAUAAGGAGCAAUUAAAUGUGUUCUUGGCGGUUUUUCGCAAGGCUAAUGUCGUUAGUACUUGUGUCAUAGAUAAAUUAGUUUGGGAGAAUCUGCUCUCUCUGCCAGAGGAGCGGCAAAAUGCUCUUCGUAAACGACGAGACAAACAAAGUUUGACAGAUUCUUCUAGCCAAAUCACAGACAAAUUAUUCAGCAUCGUAAGGCAUCUAGCUAAGACAACUCAGAGAAGUGCUGAUAUAUUGGACAUAUUGUUAACAUCCUCUGACAAAGUUGAUAACGCGAGAAACGAGCUGGAGCAUCAACAGUUGCGCUCGAAAAUGAACCUGGAAUCAGACAGUCCGUUACUAAUAGCGAUUACUGCUCACCCAAAUAUCCAAGAGAGCUGAUCGACCAUGCCGUUCACGAUCGAUGCUGU